AUGGAUCAAAGUAGAAACUUUGUGAUCAAUGAAGAUACAGAAUUUGAAUCAAAAGAGGAAGCCUUUGAGUUGUACAAAGAGUAUGCUAAAUCUGUUGGCUUUACUACCAUUACUAAAGCUAGUCGUCGUUCAAGAAUGACCGGGACAUUUAUCGAUGCUAAGUUUGUUUGUACUCGAUAUGGAAGCAAGAAAACAGCAGAUGGAGGAGACGAAGAAGACAUUAACAUUCCUCAGGGAAGGAGAAUAAACCGUUCAUCGUCGAAGAAAUCCGAUUGUAAAGCAUGCUUACAUGUUAAGAGAAGGGAAGAUGGGAGGUGGGUUAUUCGCACUUUGAUUAAAGAACAUAACCAUGAGACCUUCCCUGGUCUACCAAAGUCCGUAAGAGAAUCGGGUGGGAGGAAAGUACUCGAGAAACAACAUGGUAGUGUUAUUGUUAAAGAGAUGAGAAGCAGAAAGGUAUUAGCUUUAGAGGAUGGGGAUGUUGAAAGACUCUUAAAGUUCUUUACGGAUAUGCAAGUCGAGAAUCCUUUCUUCUUUUAUUCCAUUGAUCUCAGUGAGGAGCAGAGUCUAAGAAACGUUUUUUGGGUUGAUGCAAAAGGGAGAUUGGAUUAUACUUGUUUCUGCGAUGUUGUAUCUAUCGAUACUACAUUCAUCAAGAAUGAGUAUAAGCUUCCUCUUGUCGCUUUUAUUGGCGUGAAUCACCACGGACAGUUUUUGUUGCUUGGUUCUGGAUUGUUAUUAGCAGAUGAGUCUAUAUCUGGAUUUGUUUGGCUUUUUCGGGCAUGGUUAAAAGCGAUGCAUGGAUGCCAACCCCGAGUUAUCCUAACAAAACAUGAACAAACACUCAAAGAAGCUGUUUCUGAGGCUUUCCCAUCUACGAGACAUUGUUUUCAUAUGUGGGAUACUCUUGGUCAGAUGCCUGAGAAGCUUGGUCAUGUUAUGAGACAAGAGAAAAGCUUUAUGGAUGAGAUAAAUGAGGCGAUUUACGGGUUUUGCAAGAGUGAUGAAUUCGAAAAGAAAUGGGUGGAGGUAGUUGAUAAGUUUCAUGUGAGAGACAAUGUGUGGCUUCAGUCGUUGUAUGAAGACCGAAAAUAUUGGGCUCCUGUAUAUAUGAAUGAUGUUUCUCUAGCGGGAAUGUGUACAGCUCCGAGAUCGGAUAGCGUGAACCCUGUUUUCGAUAAAUACAUUCAAAGGAAAACCACGUUGAGAGCAUUUCUUGAUCAGUACAAGACGAUGAUACAAGAGAGGUACGAAGAGGAAGAGAGAGCUGAGAUUGAGACACUGUAUAAACAACCUGCACUUAAGUCACCUUCACCAUUUGGAAAGCAAAUGGCUGAGGUAUACACACGCGAGAUGUUCAGGAAGUUUCAGGUGGAGGUGUUGGGAGGAGUUGCUUGUCAUCCGAAGAAAGAAAGCGAAGACGAUGGGGUUAACAAGAAGACUUUCAGGGUUCAAGAUUAUGAGCAGAACCGUGGUUUCGUUGUGGUGUGGAACUCUGAAUCAUCUGAAGUUGUCUGUUCUUGUCGAUUGUUUGAGUUCAAAGGUUUUCUUUGUAGACAUGCGAUGAUUGUUCUGCAGAUGUCCGGGGAACUCAGUAUUCCUUCUCAGUAUGUGUUGAAGCGUUGGACAAGGGAUGCGAGAAGCAGAGAAGUCAUGGAAUCUGAUCAGAUCGAUAUAGAUUCAACUAAGGCUCAACGGUACACUGAUCUUUGUCUCCGCUCUUUGAAAUUGAGUGAGGAAGCAUCUUUAUCUGAAGAGAGCUAUAACGCCGUGAUUAAUGUGUUGAAUGAAGCUCUUAAAAACUGUGAGAACAUGAGUAACUUGAUCCACAUUGUUGAAGAUUCUGAUUCAGAUGUAGCUCAAGAUCCUUCAAGACAUGAAGAACAUAACAACACAUUUGACGAGAAUGUGGCUGACACUGGACAGGAAGUUUUAAGCAUUGGCUCGCACCAGGUCUGGAAAGUGAAUGCAUCUCAGGAACAUAGGAACCGGUACUCGAUUCUCGAUGACUACCUCAGUGCUCAACAAAUGUCUCAUGAAAUGGUACAAAUCAACUCGAUGGCCUCAAACCGCAAUGGAUAUUGUACUGCACAUCAAAACAUACAACAUGCCCUGGGACAAUCCAUAACUCAAGAAAGGCUUUAUGGAACUGAACAGUUAAGUUUCAGACCAGAAGCUAUGUAUGAAAGACUUCAAGACAUGGGACAGUCAAGUUUUAGACAUGAUCCUCAGCAACAUUGA